AUGACUGAAAAUAUAGAGCCUACUCAAUACCUGCACUAUGGGUCUUUCAUUAAAAUUAAGUCCCCAAGUAAUUUUUACCUUUAUUCUUUAGAGUUCAUUGAAGCAACUCCUUAUUUAGCAGAUCUUACCAAUUGCGAAAGCAGCAUCAUCGGCUCAAUUUUCCAAAUAAUCCCUCAAUCUCAAUACAGCGUGCAGCACGAAAUUUCAAAAAACCUUCAAAAUUUCCAAGAGAAUCCUAAUCCCGAUAAACUAGAAAAGCUGGAAGAUAGCUUGGAUGCAGAAAUUAAGGUUAACUCACAAAUUUACAAAGAUUUUAAAGGACAACCUAUAAAAUAUGGUUCUAUAGUGCAAUUGCAGCAUACUCAUAGUCGUAGGUUUUUAACUCUCAGCAGUAAAGAGUCUGCAGAUCUGGAAAAAGAAAAUUUCAAAAUUACUCUUGGCGAAUUUACAAGUCCAGAUUCUCAUUUUAGGAUAGAGCCUAGCUAUAAAUAUCAAUCAGAAGAAUCAGGAUUUGUAAGACUCAAGGACAAAAUUUUAUUCGAAGCUUCAAUUUCUGGAAUUAGCAAAAUUGCUUAUUUGCAUGAAAGCAAAGAAAAUAUAUGAAGGAAUCCAAAAAUUCAAAGAAACUAUUCUAUUCAAGAAUUAGGUAAAGAAAUAAAUGUAAGUGUGGACCAGGAAACCAAAUGAGAUAUAUUUCUUUAUGCACCUUUUACAAAUGAAAAUUUUAUUUCUUGCGGGGACUAUAUAUGGCUAUCUAGAAUCGAAGAGGGAAUUUCCCUUUCUACAAAAGCCAAAGAUGAAGUGAAAACAAAAGUUUUCUUUAAUGAAAACGUGAGAGACCCAAACAGUCUUUGAUAUAUAGAAGGAGAAGACCCCAUGAUAGGUGGAUUGGCAGAGAUUAAAAAUAGUUAUAGACUAAAAAAUGCUAUUUCAGGAUUAUAUUUAGGCAUUGGUUUUAAAUUAGAAGGAUUCCUUUCUUCUUACAGAAUUCAGCUGCAAAGCAGGGACUCUCCAACUUGCUUAUGAACAUUCUCAUCUUCUAACCCUGAAAAUUGUGCCAAGUUUUUAAUUCCAGGCUGUGGGUAUAAGCUAGUUAAUGCAGCAAUAAAAGACGCAACCAUUGCAGGGAGUAUCAAAAAAUCUUCCAAUAAUGUAGUAGCGUUUUCCCCAGUUAUCCAAUGCUCCCCAACUGAAUUAGAUUAUUUUAAAUUAACAAAAGCCAGCAAUGAAGUUGUAUGGGAAUCAUUUUUUCUGCUAUAUAGUAAACCAAUUUUAAAGCAAUUUCAGAGUUUUUUUAAUUGUCAAAAAGCUGAAAAAAAUGCACAGGAGUUUCGAGUUUUUGAAAGGCAUAUGAAAGCUGUCGUCAAAUGCCUAAAUGAUUUGAAUCUCUUUUGCCAAAAUAGGCUAAUUAGAAUGGUUAGCUUUGAAGAUCAAUUUGGAGAAGUGCAUAAGGCAAGGCAAAAUGUACUCAGAGAUCAAAAAUAUUUAGAAUGUUUAGUAAGCAUUCUUAAUACCAUAUUUAUUCCUAAGGAAUAUAUAAAUAAGCUUGAAAAAGUCUUGCCAUCAGACAAUUCGUUUAUUGAUGAAGAUUCGACUCUCAUAUCAAAAAGCUACGAAAUAGAUUUAGAGGAAACAAUAGAAAUAAAAAAGAUCGGGUUAAUUAAAGAAGUGAUAAAAGGCUGCUAUACAUUGAUUGCUUCAAUUUGCUCAGAAAAUAUUGAAAACCAGACUUAUGCAUCACAAUUUUUUCAUAUAUUUAUAAAGCAUGUCGGCUUAAAUUUAGGGGCUACAAAGUGCAUAUACAAGAUUGUAAAAAACAAUGAAAAAAUUCUAAUGGACUUUCAAGAAAAGGCUGCAAGAUCUGAAAAUAUAAUUUAUAAGUGCGCUUUACUUCUGAAGAAAAAUUAUGUCAACAAAAAACCUGAAAUUUUAGAAUUUCUUAAAGCUGUCUGUGUCACUAAAGGAAAUGGAGUCAAAAUAAAUCAAGAAAUUGUGUUUCAAACUAUUUUUUCUAUUCCUCAAAUUUAUAGAAAGGUUUUUAUUCCCAUCUCAGAAUUUGAAGGAAAUCUUUACCUUUCUCUUGGGCAAAACAGGGAUGAAAUAGUCUCUCUGAGAAGCUGCUUUGAAUGUGAGAAAAUAGUUAGCUAUAACCUGGAUAUUAUAUAUUUUAUUAAGUUUUUAGAGCUUCUUGUCUGCCUAUGCCUUGGGAGAAACUUUGUUUGUUCUGAAGCAUUAAAAGAUCACUUUUCAACUCAAAUUUUACAAAACAUGAUAUGGGAUACAAAUAUCAGUAGAAAAUUAAGAGCAAUUUUAUGCAAACUUCUCUUAGUCAUUCAUAUUGACUCUUAUCCGCGACAAGAACCCAAAAAGCCUAAUCUUAUUAAAAUUUUGAAACUAAAAGGGCAAUCAUUGGAUUUGCCUGAAGUUUUUACACAAAACACAGAAAUAAAGAUCGAUUUUGUGAAGAAUCUUAAAUCUAGGACAGAAAAAAGGAAAACUUCAAUGAUUGCUAAAAUUGGUGAAGCUGCUGCGAAUAUGUUCAAGAGAAAACGUCUGCCAACCGCAAUUUUGCAUUUUUUAGAAGAAGAGCAAGUAAUAAUUAAAGAUGAAAAGUGAAUUCAUGAAUUCAGCAUGCAAAUCCUAAAUUUUUUUCACUCCCAAAUGACUAAUCCUUCCUAUGACAUUUUUACAUUUGAAAUGCUUAGGCUUGGAGAUAAGAUGGUCAGGUUUGAAAUUUAUGGGACUUAUUCAAUUGCCGAAUAUGAAAAUGAUAGCUUUGAAAACACAAAUUUAGACAUUAAAGAAAUGGACAUCACCAAAUUUUUAAGACAAACAGCAUAUAUAUUGUUUUAUCAAGCUGAAGAUAAAGAAGCAGGAAGAAAGGCAAAUAAGCAGACUGCAAAAAAAUGAUCAAAAAACUUUUUCAAAAAAAUGCUACUAUCAACUUUGAUAAGAAAUCAAAUAAACUUUUCAGAUCCUCUGAUUGGUAGCGCAUCAAGUCUUAGGAAUUUUUUGCAACAACUAAAAGAGAGCGCAUCUUAUAACAGCAAAGCAAAUUAUGAAAACAAAAUAAAAGUUCAAAUUUGCAAAACUAUGCACUAUUAUUUAAAUUUAAGACAGGAGUUUCUCAUUUCUAACGUUUCAGGCUGAUUCAAUAAUCAGUCAGAAGUAAUAAAUCAAAAUCUCAGCAAUAUAUUGGCAGACCUGCUUCCAAAUGUCAUGAAAAUUACUGAUUUAGCUGGAAAAUUAAAUAUUGGAAGAUACCUGAAUGAAAUUUAUUCGAAAAAAAUGAAGUAUUUUCGGACACCAAAAGUGCAGGAUUUAAAUCACCUAUGCAAAGAAAAGGUUUUAGGAAAACUUUGGAAAAUAUUUACUGAUUCUAAUAAUUUUAAGCUUCAGACUCAUGCUUUAAAAUUAAUUGUCAGAUGCUUCAAGCAAAGAGAAGAGCUUUUAAUUGGAAUUAAGAAAAUUGUCCCUAUCAGCAAUUCAGAAGAUGCAAGCCUUUUACGAUGGUUAAAAUCAAAUUUAAAUAGGUUCAAGAGAAAUAGUGAGCAAUGUGAGCUGUGGCUGAACUAUUGAGCAAGAAAUGACAAUGAGAAAGCAAAAUAUUUAUGAAGAUUUGACGAGGUAAACAAUUUUUUGGUGGAUAUAAAUAGUUUAUUUUAUGGUGACACAACAAUUGUGAGAGAUGAGGUAUCGGCAGGAAAUAAAGAAAAAAUAUCAAGAUCAAGGCAGGAUAUUAUGUUUUAUUUAGGUGUGCAUGACCUAAUAAUUGACCUACUUAAAAAUGGCAUGAGAUUUCUAGUGAAAUUGCACGAUUCUAGAGAUGCUGAAUAUAUUGAGCCUAGAGAUAGAAUUACUAAUUUAUAUAUGCUUUGCUGCGAAAUACUCAGAAAAUUUGCUUAUAAACAUGAGAAAACUCAAAAAUAUUUAUAUAAGUAUUUGCAUGUAUUUUCUCAAUAUCUUAGAAUAAAUGUAAAUCAGAUACCUCUUAUAUGUGAAAUAUUCAAGAACAAUGAAAAACUAAUAUUGUCUUUAAAUAAAGAGACUCUGAAGCAAUUUCGCAAACGGAUUUAUGAGCAAGGAAGAAGACCAGAAUUUUUAGAGUUUUAUGAAAUUAUACAAAUGGCAAAGAGUAAGCCUAUCCCCAAAAUGCAAAAAUUGGUGGUAGAUAUAUUUUUCAAAGAAGGAAUAAACAGGUUUUUAUUAUAUAUGAGUGAUGCGGACGAGCUAAAUUUUAGUUUUAAAACAGUUGAAAAAAGUGAGCCUGAAUAUCAGGACAUACCUUUUGACUAUCAUGCAAAACUUUUUCGAGUUUUAUCAAAAGCAAAUCUUGGGGCUACCGGUAUGUAUAUGAAUGAAUUGAAAAUUCAGCAAUUAAUAAAGCUCUCUGAUUUAUUUCAGUUAUUAAUGAAAACGGAAGACAAAGAAUCUGAGUUUCCAAAACUCAAAAUUCCACUUUUAGAAUUUCUCUUUAUUCCCUGACUAAGGUUUAAUUUUUGUUUUGCUGAAAAUUUUAUAUUACAUAAAAAUAUUUAAAACAAGUUUUAAAUAUUGUAAGAAAAAUAAUACAAUUUGUAAAAAUUAUAUAUAUAUUAUAAAGCAAACUGUUAACGAUAUAAUGUAAGAUACCUGAGACUCCAUCAUUCUAAUCAUUAAUUAUAUGCUAAAUAUAGUUUAAACUAAAAAUAUUCAUCAAAAAAGUUUUGCCCUUUUGCUAUGGAGUUAAUUUCACCAUAAACAGAGAUUGUCUCAAUAACUUGCUCGCUUACCUAGGGAGGAGUUAAUAUUUAUCUUUCAUGUGAAAACUCAGCUGAAGAUUUAUAGAAGUUUCCUAUGUUUGGCGCUGUUUUAGGCCGAUAAAUUCUGAUCGGAAUUUAUCGGUAGGUUGCACCAAAUCAAUGCCUUGGUCGGACCAAAAAGCGAUUUGGUCCGACGAACUUGGAAAGCUCCUGGGAAAAUGUCUGCGCUUUUAGCGCUAUAUAGAGGAAACCUCUAUAAGUGGUAUCGAUUUAUUUUUAAAUUAUAUUAAACUUCAAUGCAAAAUACUUCAAUUGAUAGAUAUACCUGACAGCGAUUAUAUUAAAUUUUUGGAUAUAUGAAUUAGAAUACUUUAUAAAUAUUGUGCAGUCAAUUUUGAUAGCCGAGAUUUUUAUCUAAAAAAAAAUGAUUUUGUAUUAAUUGAAGAAUUUUCACGAAUUUUGUGCGGGAAGCAAGCUAAGUUUUAUAUAAAACCCAUACCUGAUGAUUUACUAAAACAGAUUAAAAGCUUGUGCAGUAAACUUAAUUUAAACUUUGAGCCAAAUAUUUCUGAAGAAAAAGAAAGCCAGUAUUGAAAAAUAAAUGAUAAAUGUGAUGCUUUAAAUACAGUUAGUGAUGAGAUCGUAUAUACACUCGAGAAUUAUUAUCAAUUCACGAAUUUAGAAAAAUCCUCAGAUUGAAAAACGGUUAGAAACUGAUUUAUUUAUAACGAAAAAGUUAAAGAGUGCCUUAAUCAAGAACAAAAAGCAUUAAUUGCCUCUAUUGUUUUCGCAAAUGAAAUUAAUCCAGAGCUUAAUUUUGACAUUAUCGUACAAUCACUAAUAAAUUAUAUUAGAAAGAGCAAAAGCAAUAAAUGUUUAAUUAAACUGACAGCAGAUUCAAUUGAUUUACUGGGAUCGAUCCUUGAAAAUCCUUUCUAUGAACCUUAUGAUGAUCAUGAGCAGAUAAAAAAAAAUUUACAAAAUAAAAUUAAUGAUUAUGGAGCAACAAAGCUGGCAUUAAUUUCUAUGAGUGAAGACAAUAUAAAUCAGCAUUUAUUUUUUGCAUUUUUAAAACUUUUAAUUCAAUUGCUUGAUGGUGGAAAUCAGAAUGUGCAAAAUGGAAUUUAUCGAUACUUUGUUAAAUCACCCUCGUCAGAAAUAUUAUUUUAUCAUUUACAGGAACUAUUUUCAGAUUGUAUCAGAAAUAUAUCUCAAGAAAAUGAAUUUUUUACUAGAAGAGUUCCAGUAUAUAAACCAAAAAAGCAGAAAAUCUUGCUGAUCUUAAAAUUCUUGCAAUUGCUUUGCGAUAACCAUAAUAACCUUCUUCAAAAUUACAUCAGGCACCAAGAAAAAUCUCGGAAUAGCUAUGACAUGAUAGAUAAUAUGAUUUCAUUAUUGUCGCUACUGAUUAAGAAACUCCCUGCUAAAUAUUUUCAAGUCAUUUCCCAGUGCUUCGACACUUUAACUGAACUAGUCCAAGGACCUUGCAAAAAAAAUCAAGAAAGAGUUAUAGACAGCAAAUUUUUGGAAAUUUCGUCUGUUUUGAUGUCUUUAGAUGAAAAUUCUGAUGAAGUUUGCCCUUAUGAACUUUUCAGGCAGCUUCAAAACGAUGAAUUGGCUCUAAAUGAUUUUAAAAAUUAUGAGUGCUGCAGAGGCUGGAUGGUGUCAUCUUUAAAGUAUAAGUGCAUGAUAGCCAUUCAUAGUUUACUGGAAGGAAGAGAGGAUAAUUAUGUGAUCAGCAGACUCAUUAGAGCUACUGACAUGGAAGUUUUCAAAGAAAACCUCAGGUCAAUAUAUCACAAUUUUAUUAAAUACUAUAAAAAGCCAUUAUAUGAUUAUACGAUAUUCAACCAUUAUCUCAAAAAUGGUGAGUAUCAACUUGGGAGCUCGGAUAACCCCCAAGAUAGAAAUCCAGAUUAUUUCAGAGUUAUCAUAGAAACAGGCUUUAUGAUAUAUCAUUUGAUGAGAUAUUUUCAGGAUAAUGGCGAUCCAGAGGUGCAAGAAAAGAUCUCUGAAGAACUCCCUCAAAAGGAUUCUGUUGAAGAAAGGCCUGAGUUCUUAGGGACGAAGCUUAUUGAAGGAAUAGGAAGAUUUAUAGAGGUUUCCUCUAUAUAGCGCUAAAAGCGCAGACAUUUUCCCAGGAGCUUUCCAAAUUUGUCGGACCAAAUCGCUUUUUGGUCAGACCAAGGCAUUGAUUUGGUGCAACCUACCGAUAAAUUCCGAUCAGAAUUUAUCGGCCUUACAGCGCCAAACAUAGGAAGCUUCUAUAGUGCAACUCUGCUAAAAGAUACAUUCAAGACUGUAACAAAAUUAAUUAAGCAUGAUAAGAACGACCCUUUUAUUGAUGAGGCAAGAUCGUUUGACAGUGCUUAUAAUUUUUUUAAUCAAUACACAGCUCAUGUUGAAGUUUAUUUUAAUGGGAAGAUUAGAAAAGUCUAUUUUGCAAUGCCACCAUCUUUUCGAGCUAUAAGUGAAGAAAUAAGAUCAUCUUUUGAAAUAGAUGCUGACAGAUCAUCAGACCAAGCAAAACUCAGAUAUUUGAUUAUGAUUUCAAAAGAGCUUAAUCAGCGAAUUAAAUCUGAAUAUAAAAUCCAGCUGUUCUUAGAAAGAUACCCUAUUAUUAAUGCAUUUACAGCAAAUAUAUGAAUUUGGAGAUAUCUGGCUUUCCUUAUCUCAAUUAUUCUAAAUUUUUUUAUUAUUGCGUCAUAUUCAUAUUACGGUGAUUCUAAUUUAUUUAGCCCUUCUUUAUUUUAUGACUUUGACACAGCCUACACUUUGGAUCUAAUUAAAUCUAUUGGAUUGGCCCAUGUAACUUGUUCGUGCUUGAUAUUCAUCAUUUUUUUCCUCAAAAAUGCCCCUGUUUUAGCUAUCAAAGGAUGAAAAAAAUAUUUUCCAAGCAGUGGCUUUUGAUUGAAAAAUCCAUCCAAAUUUAAAAUCGGAGCAGUAAGAUUAACCCAAGUGAUUUGCACAGUGAUUAUGAUAAUUAAAGACCCAAAUGUGUAUUACUACUUCGCAUACUGGCAUAUUUCUAUGCUGGGAGAGUUCUUGCACCCAUUUUGAUUUUCGCUACUGCUAUUCGAUGUUAUUUAUCAAUUCCCUUCAUUAAAAGACAUAAUUCAAUCAGUAACAGUCCCUAUAAAGCCAUUGCUCUUAACCUUCAUAUUCAUGAUAGCGAUUGAAUAUAUAUACAGCGUUGCGGGGUUUUUAUAUUUCUCUAAUUGAUUUGAUGGCUAUUGUGAAACUUUAUGGGUUUGCAUGCUUUUUGUUGUAGAGAAAGGACUCAUUUGAAGCCCUGGAGGAUACUUGUCUCAGCCUCCUGGCAAUAAAAUGGAUUACGGAAGAUUGGUCUAUGAUAAUUCCUUCAUUCUUAUUGUAAGUUUUUGUGUGAUGAAUGUAGUUUUAGGCUUGAUUAUUGACGCUUUCGCAGUUUUAAGAUAUGGACGCCAAAAGAGCCUUGAAGAUAAAAACUCAAAAUGUUUCAUCUGCGGUAUGGAAAGAGAUUGGAUUGAAAGAGUCACGAGUAAGCCAUUUAGAUGCCACACAUAUUAUGAUCAUAAUGAAUGGAACUACAUACUAUAUAUCGGCUACAUUCAAGAAAAGGGAUACACAGAAUGUACAGGGAUAGAAUCUUAUGUGAAAGCGCAGAUUGAAAAACAAGAAUUUUUAUGGAUCCCACGAUAUAUGGGCUUAGGCUUCAGUGAAAAAUCUUCCACAACUUUUGAGGAGAGCAUGUCGAAAACAAUUGAAAGCUUGUCUGUUAUAAGCAAUGAGCUGAAAAUAACUAAAGAAAAACUGAAUAAUUAUUAA